AAUGAAUCCAAAUACACCUUUCAACGAAAGAUUUUCUAAAAUCUCUGAAAAGCUUAACUCAAUCUAAUUAUAACAUGAUUCAUCCAAAGCCCAUAGAAUUGAUAAUAUUUGCGGAAGAAUUACAGGUGUAGAAGAAAGAAUGCAAGACACAAUCACUUCCUAUAAUAGAAAACUUGUAAAUUAAUGUAUUAAAAACAUAUAGCACUCACUGAAAGAUGAAAUAGUUCGUCUUUAAAAAUAAAUCGAAGAGGAGAACAAUGCCUUCGAAACUUAAUUUGAAUAAAGAGUGAGAGAAAUUGCUGCUUUCGAAAGUAGAAUCACAACUAAACUCGAAUAAGAAAUAGCUUUAAGAAAGGAUGGAAAUCUUAAAUUAUCUGGAUAUUUAGAUGAGAAAGUAUUAAUUAUAAUUAUAUAUAGGUUGUAUAUUUGAAGUCAGAUAUCUAAACUGAAGGAAAAAUUAGAUAAGAAUAAAUUGAAAAUAUUACAACAUCUUUGGAAAAUGAUCUACCUAAAUUAUAUGACAUGGUUAAAACUGAAGGUUAAGAUAGGGAAGAUAGUGAUAAUGGUACUCUUAGAAGAGCUGGAGAUGAAAUUAAACGAUUGAAUGAAGGAUUAGGUAAUUAAAAAAAAUUGAGGUACUGAUUAAAUAAAUUUAUUCAGAGAAGAAUCAGAAACAGCAAUCUUUGAAAUGCUUAAAGACCUUGUCUCCAGAGUCAAGAGUGAAAUAGAAGAAGAAAAAAAAUUAAGAGAAGAAUCUCAAGAAUCCCUAUUAGGACUUCUAGAAGAUGCAUGCAAUAAAAUUUAUAGAGCAGCUAAGGAUUGAA